AUGGAGGCCAUUUCUCACCAGCUUUUCCCAUUCUCUCGUUCUUUCCCAGAAAGCCUGCUGGACGUGGUCAGCUCAGCCCGGGACUGCUUGCAGGCGGGAGAAUCCUGCACCAACGACCCCAGCUGCAGCUCCAAAUUCCGGACCCUCCGGCAAUGCAUCGCCGGCAACGGCGCCAACAAGCUCGGGCCGGAUGCCAAGAGCCAGUGCCGGAACACCGUGACGGCUCUCCUUUCCAGCCAGCUCUACGGCUGCAAGUGCAAAAGAGGGAUGAAGAAGGAGAAACAGUGCCUCAGCGUCUACUGGAGCAUCCACCACACCUUGAUGGAAGGGCUACAUCAGACCUUUCGUCAAGGAAACAGCAUUGGACCGCUUUAAAAAUUGGACUCGAUUUCUGAUGGCUACUUUGGGAUGUUUUGUUUCCUAAACUGUUGAGUUGUGUCUGUGCUUUAUGUUACAUAGAAUACACUAAGUUUAUGAU